AUGUUCUCACAUAUAACAUUCAGACAAGCCGUCCGUCCGGCGCUGAUCCAACGACUUCCUAUCGUCGCGCCACGGAAAUGGCUUACGACCGAGCAAAAGCAGAUCGUGAAAUCGACCAUUCCCGCACUAGAGCAGCACGGUGUAGCAAUCACCACGCUCUUCUACAAGCGCAUGCUUGAGGCUCAUCCUGAAUUAAAGAGCAUCUUCAACACCGCACAUCAAGCAACAGGCGAGCAGCCGGCCGCUCUAGCCCAUGCCGUGUGGGCAUAUGCUGUGAACAUCGACCAUCCUGAGGCACUGAGUGCAGCCGUCUCUCGCAUUGGACACAAGCAUGCCAGCCUGGGAGUCACUGCCGACCAGUACCCGAUUGUUGGCGAGCAUCUCCUCGCGGCAAUCAAGGAGGUCCUUGGGCCGGCCGUCAAUGCACAUGUCGUUGAUGCUUGGGGUGCGGCGUACCAGGAACUGGCUGAUAUAUUCAUCAAUUUUGAGAGCAAUCUUUACGAGAAGAACUCGAAGGCUCCCGGUGGUUGGAAGGGCUGGCGAAAAUUUUUCAUCUCGAAAAAGGUGUCGGAAAGCGACGAGAUCAUCUCCUUCCGUCUUACCCCUGUCGACAAAGAUGUGCUUCCAUCCUACCAGCCCGGUCAAUUCGUAAGUGUGCGAUGCUAUGUCCCCGAGUUGGGUUCAUACCAGCCGCGGCAGUAUAGUCUAUCGGAUUCCCCGAGUGGAGAUCAUUUCCGGAUCUCGGUGAAAAGGGAGUUCGCCAGUGGCCCGAGACCUGCAGGUCGCAUUUCGAAUGUUCUUCACGAGUCUCUUCCUGUUGACGCGGAGUUGGACUUGAGCAUGCCGUUUGGAGAUUUUGUUCUUGAUGUCAACGCGACCACGCCAGUUGUAUUAAUUAGCGGUGGUGUGGGAUUGACACCGAUGAUGUCGAUGCUGAAGACUAUCAUCCAUCAACAAGGCAACGUGCGACAAGUUGUAUUCAUCCACGCUGCGCGGAAUGGUCGUGUCCAUGCGAUGAAACAAGAUCUUACUCGCAUCGUUUCUGAGAACCCGUCUGUGAAACGGAUAGUGUUUUACGAAGAGACGACAGACCGCGAUAAGCAGGGCGUUGACUAUGAUCAUACCGGUCGUGUCGACCUGGCCAAGAUUCAGAAGGAAGCUGUCAUUCCCGAGGCAGAUUACUAUAUCUGUGGACCCCAGCCAUUCAUGAAAGCGCAAAGCAAUAGUCUUGAAAGAAUGGGUGUGUCACCAGAGCGAAUUCACAUGGAGGUUUUCGGCUCUCCUUCUGAUUGA